GUGCGCCGGGCUUCCUGCUCCGUGCUGACUGGAUGCGGACAAUGCGCCGGCGGACUGCACUUUGGUUCCGCGCUGAUGGCGGGAGGGGAUCGGACGACGGAGGGUGCGGCCAGUUAAUGAUCAGCGUCCGGAGGUGAGGUCGGAACAGCGAAGCCGUCAUGGAGCCGGGGGGCAGGCGACUGCCCACCCUCUUCCCGACCGGGGACAGCCGCUUCCCAGCGCCGCAGGCCACUGUGUUCGGGCAGGCGAGCGAGGCGGGGCCGCCUGUCGGCUUCGGGCAUCCCGUCGGCGGGGCGGCGAGCUCGGCGCUGCCGGCCGCUUACGGCCCCGCUCCUGGGCCGAGUCACGUAUUCAGCUUCAAGCCCCUCAACCCGUUUCCCGCUCCCGCAAGCUUCGGUAGAUCGACGGGGGGAAACUUCGGGCACCCCGAGCCAACCUUCAGCUCGCUCGGCCACCCCGACUUACAGCGGGCCCGAGCUGCCGGUCUGGACGCCGCCAAAGCACCCAAUAAACUCCCAUCCUUUCACUUCUCGCAGGCCCCGAGCAGUGGGGGUGAAGCGGGCGUUUUCGGUUUACCACAGAGUAAGGCUGGCCCCUCUGCCCCCGUUUUCAGUUUCUCACAAGCCGCAAGCAGCUCUCCCUCCAGCUUCUUCGGGCUACCUCGGCCGAAAGCUACCACCAGUUUACCAGAUGCCUUUAGCUUCUCUCAGCCGACGGCCGUGGGCAGUUCUGCCGAAAGCUUUCGCUUUGUCCAGCCGGCCCCGUUCACCUUCUCGCAACCAAGUGUAGCUGGCUCAGUGGAUGCAUUGGCGUCAAACAAGACAUUGGGCAGCGAAGAAAAAACGGGUCAGAAACCGGUUUUUGGUGUGAGUGAUGCUAGCCCUUUGUUGGCAUAUGAUGGGAAACGUGGUGCAACGGGAGUCGGUGGAAUUCCGGCAAGGAUUGGGCCUGUUCCAAAGUAUGAAGUGGAGGAAGAACAGUUGGCUACCAAGAAAGGGGUAAAAAGAAAAGACAAACGGGACAAGUCACCACAACAGUAUGAACACAGUCCUGCUAAAGAACAAGCAGUAGGGACGAUAAGCAGGCUGUCUUUGGGGAAACGGCCAGUGAAAGUUGCACCAUCAAUGGGAGUCUUUAAUCGCACCCUUCGCGAUGUGUUGAAAGGUAGGAGGGAAACAAAGAGAGACAGCGCACCCUCGGAAGAUGAGACAAUUGAAAGAUUAAAGCUACUGUCCGAAACGAGCAUUCCCUUGAAGUGGCCUGGUCGUAUGAGAAAAGAAGAAACAAAAAAGAAAUCGAGAGAUGAUUUUUCUGGUAAGACUGCUUCUCGGAGACUACGCCGAGGUGAUAGUACAGACAGCCAGUCCAGCACUCCUUUAUCAGAACUCACUGCCAUCCAGUGUAAAAACAUCCCAGCUGACCUUAACAAAAAGGAGAUCAUUAGGGAGCACUUCUCUCAGUAUGGCAAAGUGCAGCGAGUGUAUUGCCAAACCAGUAAGAACCUGGCUGUGGUUCAUUUUGCCAAUCAUGUAUCAGCAUCCACUGCAAAGAGGAAUGGGAAGACAUUAUGCAAGCAACGUAUUGAAAUAUUUUGGCAAAGGAAGAAAAACAGUCCUGGAAAAAAAUCUUCAUGGGAAGAAAAAGAGAAACCAAAAGGAGAUGAAGAGAAGCCUUGCAUGGAUAAACCCAACACUGAGCUUUCACCUUUACACAAUCCUACUGCAAAAGCUGCUGCUGUAGGAAGUAUGGCAAACCGGUCGCCAGUCAAGAAUGCAUCUUCAAAGAGCCAAAAACCAGAGAGUGAACCUCAACAUUCGCCAGAGAUGGAAGAUCCGGUGAUGAUAUCUGAGCGUAUAGGGACUCUACCUUCUUCUCUCAGUCAUCUGAUCGGCACAGUGGCUGUUAAUCCAGAGGAGAAAUAUCGGGUACUUGACCAACGAGACAAGUUAAUGAGACAAGCCCGAGUGAAAAGAACUGAUCUGGAAAAGGCUAAAGCUGUGGUGGGGACCUGUAUGGACAUGUGCCCAGAGAAGGAGCGUUACAUGAGGGAGACAAGAUACCAGCUCAGUCCUUUUGAAAUCAUACCUGGCACUGACAAGGUUAACCAUGAAGCUGCAGUCAAGGAAUAUAGCAGGUCAUCAGCAGAUCAGGAAGAACCUUUACCCCAUGAACUUCGCCCUGCCUCCGUGUUGAAAUUAACAAUGGAUUAUUUAGUGACUCAGAUCAUGGAUCUGGGUGAAGGCAAUUACCGGGAAUGGUAUGACUUUUUGUGGAAUCGAACUCGUGGAGUGAGAAAGGAUAUUACACAACAGCACCUAUGUGAUAAGAUGACAGUGGCACUAAUUGAGAAGUGUACACGAUUCCAUAUCCACUGUAGUCAUCAUCUCUGCGAGGAGCCAAUGUCCUCCUAUGAUGCUAAGAUAAAUGAUGAAAACCUGACUAAGUGUUUGCAAAGCCUGAAAGAAAUGUACCAGGAUUUAGCCACCAAGGAAACCUACUGUGAGAAUGAGGCGGAAUUCCGGAGCUACCAUGUUCUGCUUAAUCUCAAUGAGGGAGAUAUUCUCCGGGAAGUCCAGCAGUUUCGCCCAGUCAUCCGCAACUCUCCAGAGGUGAAGUUGGCAGUCCAGGCAUUUGCUGCUCUAAACAGCAACAACUAUGUGAGGUUUUUCAAACUGGUCAAGGCAGCCUCCUACCUCAGUGCCUGUAUACUGCAUCGCUACUUCAAACAGGUUCGGCGGGAGGCUCUCAAGACUUUGAAUUUUGCUCUCACAGUGAGCUCUCAGCGAUCCACCAUGUUUCCAAUGGAUACUCUUGUUAGAAUGUUGCUGUUUAAAGACUGCGGAGAAGCGGCAGAAUUUGCUAGGGACUAUGGGCUGAGUGUGAGUGAUUGGUGUGUUGAACUGAAUCGUUCAGCGUUAUGUGAUCCAGAUUUUGUACUGUUGCCCAAGAAGUCCUUGUUUAUUGAUCGGAAACGCACCACUCUGAUUGGUGAAGUAGUGAAUGGCGGACCACUUCCACUGUUCAUACCCCAUGUCCCUGUUUUGAGCUUUGACAGUCAAGGGCGAUACAUUGGAGAGUGCUUUGAGCCAAGUAAUGUGGGUCAGAAAUUGAAUCUACAAGAUGAUCAUGAAGCAGAACCAAAAGUUCAACCUCAGCCUGAAACAUCAUCCAUGACAGUAUUACUCAAGGAGCAAACUCCAGCUCAAGAAAUAUUUCCUGUCGAACAGCCUUCUCAGCCAUCAAUACCCCCGCUACUUCAGAUUCUCACUUCUCCUCCAGCAGCUUCACUCUCUGUUGCACCUCGGGCGCCCUCUGCACCUCCUCCAAAACCACAGCUAGCCUAUCCUGAGAAGAUGAUACUUGAUGUGGUGAAAGACUUGGUCAAGGAAAUGGUAAAGGAUGUUCUUCAUGCGGAGUGUAAAGAAGUGGCAAAAGCAGGAGCAACUUAUGCUGCUGAAGCCAUCAGCAUGUCAGACGUGUCCACUGAGGAAUUAAUUGCAGAAGUUACCACAGAGAUGCUGAAGGAAACAUCAUCUGAGGAAAUUCAGGCUGAGAGACAGAGGAUUGAAGAUGAAAAGCAUAGGAUUGAACAGGCCAGACUGAAGCAGGAAUGGGAAUUGUGGAAGAGCCGCUACAGUCGAGCACUCUGUGAUGAGCUUACGGAUCAAGUUGUGGAAUAUGCUGUAAGAAAAUGUGCCACUCAGGAGCUAAGCUUUGCAGUGGAAGAAGACAGGAGGGCACGUAUCGACCGCUGUUCCACAGAGCUCUGUAACUACCUCAUCAAAGAAACAUUGGAGAGUGAGAUCUUCCAGGCUGUGAAGGAGACACUGCAGGAAGUUCAUUGUUUCUGCAAAUACUUAAAGAAAUGGAGAGCAACAGCAGAGGCUCGGAAACGCCUGAGGAAACAAAUGUGGAUGUUCCCAGCAGCUCCGGGAAGUGUGGGUCUUGGCUGCAAACUCAGUCCCCAAAAGAGGAGCCCAGAGAUACCCCCAGAAGACAACCUCAGCAUUUCUUGUACACGGUUGCUGCAGAGGAGAAAGGAGAUAGCUCAUCAAAUUAGGGUUCAGAAUUUCUAUCAACAGCUUCUCUGUCAGGCUGCCUGGACCCCUUUGGAUUUGUUCACACUGGUUGCUGAAAGCUUCCCAAUUCGUCAGAAGAGAAUCUUCUGGAAGGUUGUACUACUGUUGCCAAGUGAUGAAGAAUGUGGACUUGGUGACACCAACAGAAUUUUGAUUGAUUGGCUGAAAGCAAAGUUCCGAGGAAAUGAAUGUGUGGAGGAUCUCGGCAGUGAUGCUGACAAUGUCAUUCAGACACACCAAUGCAAAGCUGUGAGCAGUAAUGAAGCAAUCAAUGAGCUUGUAUACAUCUGCGUAAAGGUGACCAAAGGCCCUCUGAGUGACACAGACGUAGAUGAAGUGGAACAGCGGAAAGAGCUUUUGGGAACAACAGCCCUGAUUCUCUUGCUCCCAGCUCGUGUAGAAGGCUCAGACCAGGAUGAGGAGGAAGUCUACUGGCUCUCUGCUAUGCUUCAAGUCAGACAGCUCUUACAAGCAAAACCUUUAAAUCCUGCAGUCCCACUGGUCAUCCUUGUUCCCAGAGAGGGAAAGCCAUUGAGUGAAGAAGAGGUGAUAGACGGUCUAAAGCUUGAAGCGCUAGUGGCCACUCAUCUUGUGUCCGAAUUUUUCAUUGUCCUGAUCCCUGAGAAAAUCAACGAUCUUCAGGGAUCAAACAAGGUCUCUGCAGCAGUAAGCUGGCUUGCCUCACGUUGUCCAUCACCCCCGGAGGUCUGCUGCCAGACUCUGAUGCAAUUCAUUGAGGACGGACUGUGCCGAGAGUUUAGCGACCAAUUUUACAAUGAUAAAUCUGAAAGGCAAUCAGCUACAUUGCCUUCCCAGGACCCCAGCUCCAUCAUUGAGCUGUACAAUGACGUGCUGCAAUUCCUUUCAGAAGUGGUAUCCUCUGAACAGCUAUACAAUCUUUCCUGGCCAGUGGCAGAGUUCUCUGGACCCACAGCUAAUGAAAUACUGGCACAUAAAGAGUGGAAUUCUAGUAGCCAUCUGGCCUGGCUGAAGAAUGCAGUGUUGUCUUUUCAGUUGCCAGUGAUGGAUCUACCUCCCUUGAAUGCUCCAUGGCCUAAGGUCUGUGAUAUGAUCUUCCAUUAUGUGUCUCAAGUGCCAUGGUCCCAGCAAGCUUGUCCACUGCUCCUUUCCAAGGUUGAACAACUCCUGAACAGAAUUCGUGACAGGUGGAGAGAGAGCUGUUUUCUGAUGCUGGAAGCCUCAGCAGAUGAGGGGCCCUCAGUAUCAGAAAUACCCUGGGAUGAAAUUAUUGCCUAUUGCAUUGAUCAUCGGCUAAGAGAGUGGAAGCCCCUAAUCCCACCCUGUUCUGCAGAAGCUGUGAGUGAAGAUGGGCAGAUCCUUGUCUAUUAUUUCCAGGAUGACCUUAAAAAAUAUAAACUGCCCAUAAUGUGGCAACGGGCACGAUCACAGACCCAAAUGGAAAUCCAAGAAGCCUCUAAAAGGUUGUCACAGAAACAGGCUUGCUCUUCGAUUAAGCGGAAAUUGGACUUUAAACCAUAUGCUGAGAAAGUCAGCUCUGAAGAAACCCUUCCAGAAAGGAGUGUUUCUGCUCUGGACAUCACUCGUACUUACUCAGCAGAGGAACUUCUGCCGGAGCGGUUACGGUCAGGACUGGAAAUAGAAAGAGAGGAAAAUCGAAGGUGCGAAGAACAACUCUACCGCUGGCUCGAUGAAGGUCCUUUAGAACCAGUCGCUCUUCCCUUGUACCUCCCGCAGUCUUUGGCCUCUGCUGCUGAACUUGUCGUCCCCAGGCUCCAAGCUUCAGCUCUGUCCUCGCCACAGGAUGUUGCUAAUAAGGGGCAUAGUGAGGAAUCCAAUACAAAUGACUCUAACUGGCUAAAUGAUUCAACAAUGACUCUAUCAGACAAACUGAAAGAAUUUACAAGGUUGAUCCAGGCCAGUCGAGAGGAAGAAAUAACCUGUGAACGUCACCUAUCAAUAUUACUGGACUUAACGGACACAUGAUGAAAUUAGCAGAAGGAGCCCAUACCUCUGGUAUUAUGUAUAUACUUGUAACAAUUGGGUGAAGUGUAACUUGAGAUCAUUUCUACCCAGCUGAAGGUGUUUUCCCUUUGUCUCAUCCUUCGACACGUGCAUUCCUUAUUUGUCACAGCCAUUUGGAUUCUAUGACUGAUGUAUAAUGGAAUAUGACCUAAUGUUUAUUCAAGCAUUGUUGUUUCCCAGUUUUGAUUGCUGCUUACAUUUGUUAUUAGUAACAGAAAACGUGCUUUGCAUUUGCCGCAAUAAAGUCAUGCUUGCUAUAGGCUUCUGUUGAUGUAAUGCUAUUUAACAAAUGCUCUAUUUCUGGUAAAGGAUGUGAGUAGAGAUUACAAGGUCCAGGCCUAGUAUUCAGUGGCAAAUUAGAGUAGUUGGAAAGACUCCAAUGAUAAAUGUUGUAUUUUACCAUGCGAAGUAGUGCCUCUUAGGAAAUAAAUAUUUGGGCUAUUUGGCUUACUGGUUUUUAAGUACUUUUUUGUUUGGUGUGCUUUUCUGAUAAUUUGU